AUGAGUAAUUUCACCAAUGAGGAUGGAUUUAUCCUUAAUGCUUUUUCAAGCAAAAUGGUAUUACAUGCAUUAUACUUUGUGUUGUUCUUAAUCAUUUAUCUUGUUACAAUUUUAGGAAAUAUGUUGAUCAUCUUUGUAAGCAGUGUGGAUCAUCAUCUGCAGACCCCCAUGUAUUUUCUUCUCCGUAAUCUUUCUUUCAUGGACAUAUGUUACACCUCUACCACUCUCCCACAAAUACUGACCAGUCUUCAUUUAAAGUAUCCAGCUAUCUCAUUCGCAGCUUGUAUAGCCCAGCAAUAUUUUUUCCUCACUUUGGCAGCCUCUGAGUCUUCUUUGUUGGCUACAAUGGCAUAUGACCGGUAUGUUGCUAUUUGUUUUCCACUGAGAUAUGUCACUAUAAUGAAUAAAGAAGCCUGUCUCAAAAUGACAGUUACAACCUGGUUAAUUGGAUGUAUUUAUGGAGUAGUUCACACUGCCAACACUUUCAGGCUACCAUUCUGUGGUUCUAAAAUACUCAACCACUUUUUCUGUGAUAUCCCUCCAUUGUUAAAGAUUUCCUGCAUUGAUACAUACUUCAAUGAGGUGACUAUUUUUGUUGUGGGUGGCUUCCUUAUGCUUGGAUGCUUCCUCUUGAUUUUGGGAUCAUACAUGAGCAUUCUUUCAUCUAUAUUCAAUAUCCCUAAAGGCUUUGGUAGAGAGAAAGCCUUCUCUACCUGUGUAUCUCACUUAAUUGUUGUCCUGCUUUUUUAUGGUAGUGGAAGCUUUAUGUAUUUUCGUCCAAAAUCUAACCACCUGGCUGAUAAGGAAUGGCUGCUCUCCAUUUUCUAUACAAGCAUUACACCUCUCCUAAACCCCUUGAUAUACAGCUUGAGAAAUAAAGACAUCCAAGAGGCAUUAUUAAAACAGUUAAAGCUUAGAGUGAUGCUUAGAUAUAGUUAG